AUGGAUGUCUCUGAGGAUGGCAAGCCCAAGCUUCAGCUGCCCGCCAGCUGCGAGCCGCCGCUGAGCAAAACGAAGCCCCUCGUUUGGAUCAUUUUCGGCGGCACCGGGCACAUGGGACGGUCGCUGGUCAAGUGUGCGCUGUCCAAGGGAGACUAUGUCGUUUCGAUUGGGCGCAUCUUUGAAUCCACCCCCGAGGAGAUGGCUAACAUGCCCGAGAACUGCCUCGGUGAGCUGUGCGAUGUACGAUCGCGCGAUUCGGUUACCAAGGUCGUUAAGCGCGCCCUCGACCACUUUGGCCAUGUCGACGUUGUCGCCAAUUGCUCCGGUUAUGGUGUCAUUGGCUCGUGUGAGGACCAGGACGAGCAUGAUCUUCGAAACCAAUUCGAGACCAACUUUAUGGGGACGCUGCACAUCAUCAACGCAACUCUUCCUUAUUUCCGACGGCAGAAUAACGGCAGGUAUCUCAUAUUCAGCUCCACGUCGGGCGCUCUGGGCGUUCCAGGACUAGGGCCGUACUGCGCGACAAAGUACGCCGUCGAGGGUCUCAUCGAGGCAAUGCUCUACGAGACGGAUGUGUUCAGCAUCAAAGCGACCUUGAUUGAGCCAGGCUUCGUGCGUCGCGACGAGCCCAUGACGAACGAUUCAGACAGUCCCCUGCCGAGCUUUGGCCAUUUCUUCAUCAGGCCUGCUAGCGAGGGGUAUUCCGACGCCACGUCUCCUGCUCUGCAUGCCAAGCGGAUGGUACAGUGGCUCGGUGAUCGACAACCGACGAGCGCGGUCAAAUGCGCGGAGCUUGUGUGGCAGCUCGCCCACUGCUCAUACCCGCCGCUCCGCCUGUUGCUGGGCAGCUAUGCCAUUGAGAGUAUACGCGACAGGAUGCGUUCCGUUACGGAGGAGCUGGAGGACUGGAAGCAUCUAAACUUCAAUUAUGCGCCUAGCGAGAAGGAUGAAGAAAGCAAAGAUGGCGCCAUGGAUAUCAGUUCUUAA